UUAUUCACCAACCGAAAGAGAGAAGAAGAUGUCUCUUCAACGCCGACGAAGAAGAGAUCGGUGCUGGAGUACCUGUCAAGUUAUCUGGGUAUGGUGUGGGGAUGAGGGGGUGCUACGGCGAUCCAGAUGACAUGCAUGGACUACCUGGAGGAAUUGAUGAAGGAAUUCUUGAGGUAAUGCGCUGGAACCUAAGGUAUUUGUGGAUUUGGAAGGUCAAUCUUUACCACAAAGGACUUGUAAGGACAAUACAGACAAGGCAUUUGGUGACUGCUCAAUACCACAAGAGAAGACAAACUCAGAGAUCAAUGCUGAAUUGGAGAUCUCAGAUGCUUCUUGUGAUGAUGUACCUAAACCAAAUUCUGCUGGACUGCAAAUUCGAAAUUAGCUGCUGCACAGCCAGCCCCUUGGACACAUAUCGAGUCCAACUUGUAUCUUAAUCGCAAUUGGAAAAGUCAGACAAUUGAUGAGGUUUCAGACAAUGGUUUUGCCACCGUAAGCGUCCUUCUGAUGCCAGUUUGGGCUGCAGUGAUCAGUAUUUGAAUUGGAUGCUUAAUGAAGAAUGUCUCAGAAGAACCUGCUCAUGUGGGGAACUUUGUUCAAACCAACAGGGAUCCAUCAACGAAACAUUCACCCCAGAUGAAGGAUGAACUGAUGCAGUAUGUUUAAUUCUCUUCUUCAGACACAAAUCGUGAGUUCAAAAGAAAGUUCGAAGAUUCACCCCUGUAAGCCCUGAACACUGUGUAUGUGUUCCUCAUCCUUUGGUUGAGGAAAGCAGCUGGUCCAUUCAGAACAUUACACAUGGGAGGAGGAGGGUACGUAUAUCACCUCUCAUCCAAUCCCUUUUCCUAUAAUCCAACAAGAACAUCAAAUUAGAGGAUAGAAUGGGAUCAAUCAUCAACCAGACAGUCAAUCAAAGCUCGAGGAGCGACUCCAUCUCCCCUGUAGAUACUCCUCCCAGGACAUGUUCAGUCGCUCUGUGCUGCUGAUCGACAUCGAUUCAUCGUCUAUAUCCUGCAGCGCAAGAUUAAUAUGAGACUGGAUGUUGCUGUUGCUUUGGAACACGGCUGCUUCAUCGUCCAAUCCCUCCAACUCCUCUGAAGUGCUGACCUGUGAUCUCGCCCACCGCAGCACAUCAUCAUUGUCACCUUGCAGCAGCUUCGACACCUGAGUCAAACAGCAUUUGAAUCCCUGUUGUUGCAGCAUAAGCACAAGAUGUCUCGAUCGGUAAAACCAGAUCAUGAGGAGGUCUUACAAGUGCUAUUUGGGGUCGAGAACGAGGGGCUCGUUUGAUGCAAAGGGAAGCAGCAAGCAUCAUCCGCUCCAACUCAGCUUUGUCAUAGCAAGUUCCUAAACAUGGAUCCACAAGCUCCUUGACUUCUCCAGCUUGAAGAAUUCGUGUUGCCUGCAAUCAAGGCCGAAAUCAGCCAACUGCAGGAUGGUGAGACAACAAAACAACACUGUGAUCAAUCACCCAUACAUAUCUCAAUAUGGGAUUGAAACAUAGAAGAGCAGGAUACCUGCGGUUCGAAGUCUUCAGAAAGGAGGAUGUUGGAGGACUUCACAUCUCGGUGGAUCACGGGCUGCAUAUUGCCGGCACCACCGUGCAGGUAAUCCAGUGCCUCGGCAGUGCCCGCUGCCACCUUGAACCUCUCAGCCCAACUCAAAGUAUGCUUGUUGGAACUCUCACCUGACAUCGAUCAAUGAUUCCGAGUUCAAGACACAGUGGCAAGACCCUGCAAAUUGAACUGGUAAUGGAUGUAAACCUACCAUGAAGGUUGUCCUCUAAGCUGCCUCUUGACAGGAAAUCAUAGACCAACACAAGGUCUUUGUUCUCGAAGCAGAAUCCAAACAGCGAAAUGAUGUUCUUGUGAUGCAAGGCUGUGAUGAUCUCAAUUUCUGAUAUGAAUUCAUUCAUUACAUCUUCAGAGUGCUUCAGAAUCUUCACUGCCAAUUCCUUGCCAUCAGGAAGACAGCCCUUGUAAACACGGCUGCUGCCUCCCUUACCUAUCAGUUGCUCUGUAGUGUGUGUUAUAUCAGCAAUCAGAUCAAAGGAUGACAACAUUAACAGAGAGAUGACCAAAGAAGGGUGGAACUGAACCUGGUGAGAAGUCGGACGUCAUGCGACCGAGUUCCUUGUAGCUGAACAAUCUGCAAAUCGAUGAGUACUUCUCACGAAGAUGUUCCAGUUCCUUUGGAAUCUUGUGUUCUUCCUUGUGAAGGAGAGGCGAAGAAGUGUCUUCUGCAGGAACUACUGCGCCGCUUUCUGCAUCGCGUCUGUGAUAGGCUCUUGCAUCAGAAUUCACAGGCCGGUGGUCAGGAUGAACUGCGCAAGUCGCUGAGAACCGGCUCGGCAGCCGCAUCGCCCACUGAACCACCGACGAUCCAUCAGCUGAAGCAGUUCGCCUGUUGGAUAGCAUGGCUUUUCUGAGAAGUGGCCAACCGGGUCUCGCUUCCGACGAGUCCGCAGAGAGAAGACAAAUGCGACUGGCAGGAGCCUCAGGUUUCUUUGCAGGAACCGAGGCCACGGAUUGAUUUCUCUGAAGAGAACCCCUGUCUUUCCUGAUAUGAUUGUCGCAAUCUGAUUUGCUUCUCUUUAGAUUAGACAAGCAUCGAGGCGACGAACUCGAAGUUUUGGCUGUUGUUCCUGGUCGUUGCCCCUUCGCCACUGCCGACUUCACAGGUCUUCUGUUCAGGAGCUUUGUGUAGCUUCUGGUCAAGGCUUGUUGGCCUGCAGACACCACAGCCGCCGCAUUCUUGGCUCUGUUUUGGGCUGUAAUCGAUGGAAACGCAAUUUGAUUUAACUUCAUCGGGAGAUCAACACAAAAUUGAGCACAGCCCACCCGAUUGUUUCGAGAAUCGAACCAACCUGAGGACUGAGAAGCCGGCAGGGCUUCUCGUUUGAAGAGAGUCUUGCCGUUGCUCACCGCGAACACCGAGCAAGCUCGAGGCAGAUUCCUCGCACAGUACUUCGCGAUCGAGGUAGAUGAGUACCUAACCGAAUCGAUUGCGUGUGUAAACGAGGAUGAAACAAAUGGGAGGAGCAGAACAAAGAGGCAGAUUACCCGAUGCCGUGACUGUUCUUGGCUACGCCCACAACCAGGUUGCUGGCUCCGUAGGCGAUGGCCUCGCUGACCAAGACCUUGCGGAUGGAGGAGCCUCGGGCUAUCUUCAUCUUCAAAUCAACCUAUCUAGCACCGUCACGAUGUGAUUCAUCAGGAAGAAGAUGCACCAGAGAAAGGAUCGAUCGUGAGAAGGAGCAGCAGAAGGCGACCUGUUUCAGGUUGCAGAAUCCCUCGUAGACGGCGAGCAUGGCUUCGAACGCUUUGACGAUGGACAGCAGGGAAGAGCAGCCGAGGGACGCAUCCGACGAGUCUACAGCAGUGAGGUGGUCAGAAGGAGCAGGAGAAGCCAUGAAGAGAACCAAUCGGAGCAGGGAGUGGUACCGGAAGGGGUGGAGGGGAGGACGUGGAGGGCGAAGACGCGAUCGCCGGCGUCGGCGAUCUUCACGAGGGACCAGGUGAGUAGCUCACGGCUGUCGGCGUCCAUCUUGAUGCCCACCAACACCGUCUUCCCUCCUCCCUCAUCUUCGUUCUCCUUCUUCUUCUCCUGCAACUCUCUUCCUCCUCUUUCCUGCAUCACCGAGGUGGCCCUUCUUCUUCUUCUCUUCCUCCUCGAUCUCCACCUCUCUUACCUUGUCACCCUGUUUUCUGAUCUGCUUUCCUGUUGUCAGCGAUUGAGCUGCAUCGAGGACUUGCUCUGCUUCGCAAGGUCUGAGAGAUCUCGGGUGGGCUCGUACGGCGAGGGGGGAAGGUAGGGACGGGAGGGAUGCGCUGCGUGAAUAGAUAUACCAUAUUUUUGGUUCGAUCGCAUCCAAGCCUAAUUCUAAGUGAAGCAUCUGUUCUCUCAUCCCGUCCGUUCACUCGUGUGAUCAUCCCCGAUUUAGAUGUGAUCGCUCUGCAGUAAUUGGACAGGACAGGAUAGGAUUUCGAGUUUAGCAAUAAGCUUAUUUUCCUGUGCAUUUUAAUUAAAAUAAUAAACUCUCUUCGGUCUUCAAGAAUAAGAAAAGAAGAAUACAGUCCGUCAUUGCUCGAAAGCAGUGCAGUGCGAUAUGCUUCAAGCAAUAUAUAAUACAAAUGCAUGGUCACAUCACUACGUAAACUUGGGGAUUCACCGCAACUUGGAUCUCGUUUUGAUGUUAAGAUAUUGUGUGGCGUGGCUGCUAUGCUGGCUUUCUAUUUCAUCGUAGUUGACCCGUCUGGAAUCAGACGGCUCUGAGCGACCCGGAAAGCGUAAGAGACACCUCCCUGACAUCUGAAAGCUAUGGCCUUUCUUGCAGAGAGAGAGAGAGACAGAGAGAGAGGAGGUCGAGGAAGAGUGACGCCAAGUGCUUUAAAUUUCCACCCCGCGCUUCGAUUCAAUAUUCCUCACAAUAAUGAAACAUGAGAUGUGUCAAGUUGUCGUCUUCCAUUGGAUUGAGUUGCCUCGGGAAGUGCAAUGAUGAGCGCCGCGGCCGCAAGGAGCAGCCCUUGUUUUCCGCCAAGUCUUCUUCCCUGGCUAGGCCUCGAUCUCCGCCCCCGUUGGCUUCUCCGCCGAAUCCCACGCCUGUUCACGUGAGAGUCGGGCCUACGCCUUCCUCCAGUCUCCCCUCGACGCCGCUCCAUCAUGUGACCCCGGUGACAUCGACCUCCCGCACCAAAGGCGGGGCAGAAAAGGAACCGGGUGGCGUGGCGGCCACCCAUACGUGACAGAGACAGAGACCAGCAGCACGCCAACUGUUUGUUAAUAUGCCGUGCCGAAACGAAAGCCUUCGUGAGCAUGUGGGCGGUGCCGCAAGCGACCCAUGUUACUGGGAACAUGCCUUUCCUUGAUGUCACCGGGAGGAGAUGUCCAUCAAAGAUUGAGGCAUUGCAUGUGCUGCAGAGGAUGACAUUUGGGGGGCAAUUAAUUGGAUUCUCGGAGUGCAUUGAACAGAAUUAAGUGCUCGGGUUGUCACUUUCUAUGGCACGUAAAUGGUCAUUUGUCCGCAGUCCGAAGUGACCAUAUGCGCGCAAUGACAGAAUGUACAUAAUUUUAUGCGGUCUAUUUAUUCUUAUGUCAUUAUGAUUUCA